GCAACGAGUGGAGAGGAUGUGACCUGCCACACCCACGCACACCCCUCAUUCCAUCCACCAAGAAUGAUCAUCCGGACGUGAUUCUGUUGCACGGUGCUGCACGGGUGCUGCACGCUGCUACACUGGUGUUAUCGUCUCGUUCUCGUGGUCCGACAAAACCUGCUUCUCACAUAUAUCUCGUAGGCCCCCUUCUCAAAGGUCUCUUUCAUUCACUGCACUUUACUCAAGAAACCCCAACAUUGCAAGGUGGAUCAACCCACCUUUCCCAUGAUCCCGCACGAUUUCACGCUUCUGCUUCUCUCUUUCUUCCGCAACUCGAAGGCCAAUCUGCACGACCUGCACAUCCCUUCGUCCUUCUCUCCCGCCCCUCCAUAAAACAUACUGUGAGGAGCCUCAGCAAUUCGAACGACUUCCGACAGGCUAACAACACUAUCGACAACAAUGUCACCCUCGUCUAAGACCUCCCAAAGUCCCAAUAAUGUAGCCAACGAGCAUGCGGACAAAGAUUCGUCGAACCAAGAGUCGGCCCUACCACGCCGCUCCUUCACGCUCUGGUUCCACGACCAACCGCCUCCAACUCCCCGCCUCGUCCUCUUCACCCCCGUCGUCGUUCCGGCAACCAAAACGCCGCGACCAGCACAUCUCGCCACGACAGACCCCUACGAGACUUUCGGCAAAGCACUCGCCAUCAAUCAUCCCUGCGUCUCCCACGUUCCAUACCAUGUGAACGCCGGUUUUGGCGAGAUCCACUCCACCUUCGUCCAGCACGCCACUGCGAUCGUCAUUAUCGUGUGCGAGCCAUGCGUGGGGGAUGCGAAGGACUCCAUCGGCCGACAAUUGGUAUUCACCGCUACUGUGCGUGCGAUCUUUGCUGCUGUGGUGGGUGCGAGAGCCACGGCGGACUCGUCGGAGGAGGAAGAAGCAUGUCCGCAUGUACCCAUCGCUUUGGUUCGCAGCGUCAGCGACGCUUUCCGAGCUGAGAGUGAUAGGAUUACCACCCUCGGGAACAGUGGUGGUUUCGCGGAGGAGGAGAUCGAAGACAUUCCUCCGUAUCAAGACGAUAUGGCUGGGCAGCUCGCCGAUGCUGUUCUCGGUCGCUUGUUCAAGUCGAGGGGCACGCAGGACGAACGUGGAGGGGAAUGUUCACGCGAAGACGCUGUGCUCCGUGCUUUCAACUCCCUCUGCCGAAUGAGUCCGGUGCCAGUCAAGACCGAAUGACGCGUUCGCCUUCCCCAGAACUGCGUACUACCCUUUGCUGGCUUUAUCCAAUCGACAACGAAGAAGCAGAGACAUUCGACUUAAUCUGGCGAUCCGUGCCUUACGACACUUGUACGGCC